AUGGUGCAAGGUGAGCCAAAGCCAUGGGACGAUGUAGGUUGGAAUCAGGCAUUCGGCGACUGGCCGAGAGAGAUCCUGUCGAGAAGUAGUCAAUGGUACCCCGACGGACACGCCAAUCGUGAGGGCAACUGGUUCAUGAACAACCCUCAGCCUGGUUGUCAGGCUGAGAGAUCCCUAGCCACGCAGCACGUGGACUGA